AUGCGGAACCUGUCCCGGGCCCUGCACGAGCUGCGCCGCUACUUGCCCCCGUCGGUGGCCCCCGCCGGGCAGACCCUCACCAAGAUCGACACGCUGCGGCUGGCCAUCCGCUACAUCGCCCACCUGUCCGCCCUGCUGGGGCGUGGCCAAGGCCGGCCCGGGCCGCGGGGAGAGGCCGGGGCGACGGCCGGGCCGGUGACCGGGGCGGCGGGGGCGGGGGCGGGCCGGGGUUGCCCGCUCUGCCCGGACCCCGGCCGCGGCUGCCCGCUGGGGACGGACCCGGCCUGCGGGGGCGGCCCCGGCUCCUCGCCGACGCCCGCGGACCCCGAGGCCUGGGCCGAGCCCCUCUGCUGCUCCGGGACCCCCGCGCCCCCGGACCAGCCCCGGGGGGCCGUCCCCGACCCUGGGCAGUGGGGCUCCUGCCCCCAGCCCCACUCCUCGCCGGACUUGCCCGGAGCCACCUACGGGGCCGAAGGAUUCUGGGGGUCGCCCCCCGGCUCCGGCCCGGACCCUCAAAUCCCCGGGCAGAGAGAUCCCGGCGCUGCUUCCUGGUCGCUGACUCCAUCGUGCUCCGAGCUGGCUGCUCUGUGCCAGCUCAUCUCCAGUUCUCCAGAGCCCUGCUGGCCAACUACCUCCGAAGUCCUCCACCCCACCCCACUGCCCCAAGACCCGCAGCCACAGUGGGGGUGCUGGACUCACGGCUACCUGCCCGGUGCCCAGGACUUGGACCCUUCCCUCCUCUACAGAGAGGAGAGAACUGCCCAGCGCUAG